UGUGUGCAUCCAUGAAUGGUCACCAUUACUGACCAACUUGUUACUCAGCUCAACCUCAUUCAGCACGGUAAGAGAAUCAGUAAGAGACCUAAUCAACGUUUUCGUCAUCCAAUUCUUCGUUGGAUUGAAACAUUUGCUAGCAGAGAGAGGGAGAGAGAGAGGCAUGGGUCAUGAACACUCCAAAUUGUCAGAACCGAAGGGAUCGCGCCGUGCUCGCUUCAAAGAGCGUUUGCGUCGUCACCUCCACCGCCGUCAAAGCGGCAACGGCUCUUCCGCUAACAAGCCAUUAACUGCCGAUAACUUCGCCGGAAUCGCUCUCCUCGCUCUCCUUAGCGCGGAGAUGGAGUUCAAAGAUAAAUGGAUUGCGUGCGUUUCUCUCGGAGAACAGACUUUUCGUACGAGCACCUCUGACAGCACAGACAAACCCGUUUGGAACUCAGAAAAGAAACUUCUUUUGGAACAGAAUGGGGCUCAUGUUGCAAGAAUUUCCGUCUUCGAGACGAACAAACUUUCCAGCAAUACUCUUGUUGGAUACUGUGAGGUUGAUCUACUUGAAUUUCUGACCAAGGAUUCUGAUCCUGAGGCUGAGGUAUUCAACCUUUUAGAUCCGUCAGUGCCUGGAAAAGUGGUUGGCAACAUUUCCAUUUCAUGCUCUGUAGAGGAUCCAAUUGAAACGGAGAAAGGCUUUGUUAAACGCAUUCUAUCUAUAGUGGACUACAAUGAAGAUGGGAUGCUUUCACUUUCUGAAUUUUCUGAUCUAAUUGAUGCUUUUGGCAAUCAAGUUGCAAACAGCAAGAAAGAAGAGCUCUUCAAAGCAGCAGACAAGAAUGGAGAUGGUGUUGUGAGCAUGGAAGAGUUGGCUUCACUUCUUACUUUUCAGCAAGAACAGGAACCAUUAUUGAAUUGCUGUCCUGUGUGUGGUGAGAUUCUUCAGAUUUCUGACCGGUUGAACAGCAUGAUCCACUUGACUCUUUGUUUUGAUGAAGGGACUGGUAACCAGGUGAUGACUGGAGGAUUCUUGACUGAUAAGCAGGCUUCUUAUGGGUGGUUCUUCAAACUGAGCGAAUGGGCCCAUUUCUCAUCCUAUGAUGUUGGAAUUCGAUCUGGAUCAAGUGCAUCCCAUAUCCUGGUAUAUGAUCGGAAGUCUCAAAGGCUUGUUGAAGAAAUAAUUGACAAAAAGAUUGUUUUGUCAAUGAGAGCCAUUUAUCAGUCUAAAAUAGGCCUUGGCCUAAUGGAUAUAGGGGUGAAGGAGCUCUUGCAAAGCAUUUCUGAAAAGCAGGGAGCACGAAUGGAUUCACCUGAAUCGUCUGCAGAUAUUCCAAGAUUUAUCGAAUCUUUUAAGGAUCAAAUCAAUUUGGCUGAGGUCAAGUAUCCACUGGAACACUUUAAGACAUUCAAUGAAUUUUUCAUUAGAGAGUUAAAGCCUGAUUCUAGACCAAUAGUUUCUGCUGAACGUGAUGACAUUGCUGUAUGUGCUGCUGAUUGCCGUCUUUCGGCAUUUAAAUCAGUUGAUGAUAGUAAAAGAUUCUGGAUCAAGGACAGAGAUGGGGGGCAGGGAGGAAAUGGUUUUGCAAAUAUGAGAUUACAAUCUCAGGGUCGAAAGUUUUCAGUUCAAGGUCUUUUGGGGAAAGAUAUGUGUUCCAGCGCUUUUGUUGAUGGAACAAUGGUGAUUUUCCGUUUGGCACCACAGGAUUAUCACCGUUUCCACUUUCCAGUAUCAGGAACUGUUGAGCAAUUUGUAGAUAUCCCCGGAUGCUUGUAUACUGUCAAUCCCAUUGCUGUAAAUAGCAAGUACUGUAAUGUUUUCACGGACAACAAGAGAGUUGUUUCAAUAAUUUCAACAGUUGAAUUUGGAAAGGUGGCAUUUGUUGCAAUAGGAGCGACAAUGGUUGGUAGCAUUAAUUUUACAAAGAAAAAGGGUGACUCUGUCAAGAAGGGAGAUGAGUUUGGAUAUUUCUCAUUCGGUGGGAGCACUGUCAUUUGCGUUUUUGAAAAGGAUUCAAUUGCAAUUGAUGAAGAUCUUCUGGCUAAUAGCACCAGAGCACUGGAGACCUUGGUUUCUGUAGGGAUGAGAUUGGGCGUCUCCACGAGAAAAUUGUCUUGACAUUGGAUUGAUUUGGAAAUGUUGAAAUAGAAUGCUGAUUUGUUUUAAUAAUAACAACAUAUUCUAAUCAUGAGAGUUCUUCUCCCAAUUUGUAAAGUAAAUCUUUUACAACCUUAUGAGUAGAUAUCAAGGUAAGUUAUUUAAAACUU